GCUUUCGCCAUUGGACAACAGUAUGCCUUCCUUUCUACGAGUAGAGCUGCGCUUACCGACAAAACGGUGAAGAUGUGGAUAGAUGGACGUCCUGUUGAGUCGAAGACCACUGAAUGGAUUGAACUCACCAAUCCUGCUACGAACGAAGUCAUUGGUCAAGUUCCCAAGUGCACGCAUGCUGAGAUGGAGUCAGCUGUUGAGUCCUGUAAGAGAGCCUACAACUCCUGGAAGAAUACUUCUCCCCUAACCCGCCAACAGGCAUUGUUCCGUCUUCAAGCACUCGUCAGGCGUGAUCAGAAGAAACUUGCAGAAAACAUCACACAAGAACAAGGAAAGAACUUGCCUGAUUCUGAAAGAGACGUUGCCAGAGGUAUUCAGACUAUUGAACAUGCUUGCUCAGUGCCAUCGCUCAUGAUGGGAGAGACUCUUCCUAAUGUAUCACGCGAUAUGGAUGUAUACUCAAUACGCGUUCCAUUGGGAGUCACUGCUGGAAUUUGCCCAUUCAACUUCCCGGGCAAAUACAUCUAUGAACGUGGGGCUCGCAGCGGAAAGCGUGUUCAAGCUAAUAUGGGAGCCAAAUGCCACGGAGUGGUUAUGCCAGACUGUAACAAGGAACAAACAAUUAACCAGGUGAUUUCUGGUUGUUAUGGAAUGGCAGGAGAGCGAUGCAUGGCGCUAACAACGGCCAUCCUUGUCGGGGACGCCCGUUCUUGGAUACCCGACAUCGUCGAGAAGGCUAAGAAGCUCGUCGUGAACGCAGGAUGGAAGCCAGAGACGGAUGUUGGCCCACUGAUAUCGAAAGCGGCAAAGCAGCGCUGUGUUGGUCUCAUUAAUAGCGCGAAGAAGGAGGGCGCUAAUGUCGUGCUUGAUGGAAGUAACCUCGUAGUUCCCGGUUUCGAGAACGGUAACUUUGUUGGUGCGACAGUCAUCUCAGGAGUCAAGACAAACAUGACAUGCUAUAAGGAGGAGAUUUUCGGGCCAGUUUUGCUCAUCAUGGAAGCGAAGAACCUGGAUGAAGCCAUUGAAAUCCUCAACAACAACCCUUACGGAAACGGAGCAGUCGUUUUCACGUCGAACGGAGCCACUGCCAGAAAGUUUGUAAACGAAGUGGAAAAUGGCCAUAUCGGUGUGAACGUACCCGUCCCAAUUCCCUUGCCCAUGUUCUCUUUCACAGGAUCACGCGGUUCAUUCAGAGGUGACCUGAACUAUUACGGGAAAGCUGGUGUUCAUUUCUACACACAAUGGAGGACUGUUACGCAGUACUGGAACCAGUCCCUAAUUCAGUUUUAA